UACUGUUUACUGUUUACACAUUGUGUUGUGCUGAUGCAAGCAAGAUUGUCAUUGUUCUGUCUGGGACACAGGACAAUUAAACACACUUGACUAGCAGUCAUUAGCAUUACAGCAGGUACAUUAGUAUCAAGACACAUAAUCUGCGUUAUUCACAUGUUGUUUAAAAAUAAAAAAAGCCAAAACAAAGUGAACAUUAUUAUUUAGCAAAGUUGGCUCUCAACAAUUCCCAAAAACGAGGAGCCACCCUAUUUAACAGGCAGACGUCAUUUCCUUCAGGUUUCACCAGGGAGUGAUUCAAACUUUUUUUGUAGAGUAGGGCACACAGAGAGAGAGAGGGACACACACACACACACACACACAAGUUUGCUGCAGGACUCCGCGUCAUGUGGAACAACCGCGCUGGGCAGCCGGGAGGGAACUAGACCCCGCUCGACCUGAGAGUUUGGGGGUGAAACUAUUCACCUGGCGCUUGGCUUCUCUUUUGAGUUUGCAAUGGUCGGCGGCGAUGGGUCUGUGCCUGGGACCAGAGAGCAGCGCCGAGCAGCGCCAGGCACGACUGCACAGCGACAGGAUUGACCGAGCCCUCUACGAACACGCCAAGCUGGAGAUGAACGCGGUAAAGAUCUUGUUGCUAGGUGCAGCUGAGAGUGGGAAGAGCACUUUGGUUAAACAAAUGAAGAUAAUUCACCAUCACGGAUUCACUGAAGAGGAGCUCAUAAGUUUCAAGCCGGCCGUGCUGGACAACCUGCUGGGCUCCAUGAAGUUUGUGCUGCAGGGCAUGGGCAUGCUGCGCAUCAACCUGGCCAACCCCAAGAACACGGUGCAUGCGCAGACGGUGCUGUCGUGCGGGAGGUGCAUUGAUGAGGACUCGGCGAUCCUGCCGUUCGUGGCCCAAGCGCUGCGCUGCCUCUGGGCUGACUCGCAGGUGAAGCUGGCAACAUCCCGCGGAUACGAGUUUGAGCUGAACGACUCCGCUCACUACUUCUUCCUGAACAUGAGCCGCAUCACCGCGCCCGCGUACCGGCCCACGCAGACCGACGUCCUGCGUGUUCGUCUCCGCACCAGCGGCAUCAUCGAGACCCAGUUCAAGAUCCGCAGCCUGGUCAUCCGGCUGUAUGACGUGGGAGGCCAGCGUGCGGAGAGAAGGAAGUGGAUCAGCUGUUUCGAGGAUGUCCGCACCGUGCUGUUCGUGACGGCGCUCAGCGGCUACGACAUGACGCUACUCGAGGACCCCGCCGCGAACCGCUUGCAGGAGAGUUUGAGACUCUUUUCCUCCAUUUGCAAUAACAUUUUCUUCAGAAGCACCUCCAUGAUUUUGUUCCUGAAUAAGAUUGAUUUGUUUCAAGAGAAGAUCUUGCACUUGGGCCGGCAUCUCCGACACUAUUUUGCACAGUACAGAGGUGCGGACUGUGACGUGGACUCUGCCGCCCGCUACAUCGCUGGGCAGUUCCUGGCGCUGAACAGAAGCCCGGCCAAGCUGGUGUACCAUCACUUCACCACGGCCACCGACACGUCCAACAUACAGGUGGUCUUCCAGGUGGUGAUCGACACCAUCGUGAAGGAGAAUCUGGAGGCCGUCUCCCUGCUCUGACCCACCCACCCACGCACGCAGGUCACCAGGGAAGAGGAGAGGGGGAGCGGGAGGGGGGGGUGGGGGGGUAUGUGGUGAUGAAACACCACUUCACUCCACCACCUCUGGGGCAGAAGCUCGGACACACUCAUGGAGGUUUGUAAAUCUCACACAGAGAGAUUGAAUGAGAGAGGGAGAGACUGGGGGAUUGAGAGUGAAAGAUUGAAAGAGUGAGAGACGGAUUGAAAGAGAGAGUGUGAGGAAAAGGGAAAGGCAGCAGCAUGUGUCCACAUGAUGGUGCAUCUCGCCCUGUGGGGGUGACUAUGGGAAGCUGUGAAGGAUAUUUAAACCCCACAUACGCCGCCUGGUGAGGAGGGGUGUGGGGAUGACACCCAGUCAUAGGAAAGUGAAUAGAGUUUUAAAUUGGGUGCCAGAGCCCCUGACGGCGAGGCCAUGGGG